CGCUAAAAGGAAGAUCGAACGGAUCGGGACACCGCCUUUGCAACCCGGAGACGUCGGCGGAGAAAAUGGCUUCGCGCGGCUUGAUUUUCCUCUUUUGUGCGGGAACGACUUACUUUUUCCUCUUCCAGUUCUUCCAGGCGCUGAGAUCGGAGGGGACGGACGGAAGCCAUGAAGGAUAUCAUCAGGCGCUGAAUGACGCAGACAGGGAGAUAACAAGAGAAAAUGAGGACGUAAAGCAGGCGGUGAGGACGGUGGAGAUGGACAGAAGCCUUGAUCAAUAUCCCCAGGCGCUGAGUGACGUAGAAGAUGAAAUAGAAUGGGAAAAGGAGGACGUAAAGCAGGUGAUUAGUGGCACAGAAGAGGAAAUAACAGCAGAGAAUCAGGACAUUCACAUACAGUCCCAAAUAAAAGAACAUGAAUAUCGUGGGAAAAUAGAGAAGGUGACAGAAGAAGUUACGGAAGGGGAAGUUCCCGGUUCGGACCAUACGAAAAGAAGUGAAGUUAAUGCCAGUACACUCAUUGAGCUGAAAGAGGUUUCAAAGUCAACUGAAACCAAACCACCUGAGAAAACAGUUGAGGAAAAAGUAGACAAAGAAGUUAGCGGUCUGGAGAAAACAGAUGAGAAAAGUGUACCUUCUGAAAUCCCGAAAGAGGAGAAAAGAUCACUAGAAGGCGUGAUACCAUUGGGAGGGAGAGAAAGAGAAACUACCUUACCGAAAGUGGAAGAGACAAGAUCCCCUGGAUCAUCUGAGGCGAAGAAAGAAACUCAAAAGUCUCAACCUCAUGAAUCCAGAUGGAAGAAGCCUAAAGAAAGCCCUCGUCCUUCUGGAAUCAAGAAAAAGGUAGCCGCCAGAAGAUAUACAUUACCUGGUGCCAGAGUAUCAGGUGAGACACUCAUUCCUGUGAAACCAACAAAGAAAAUUAAAACAGGAAUUGAGAUGCCAUUGAAAAAGAAAGAAGGAAAAUCUACACUACCUAAGGCAGACGCUAAAAAGGCAAGCAGACCUGGUCCGUCUAUAGCGAAGGGAAAGACAGGGAAACCCCAACCUCGUAAGUUCAAGGGAAGAAAACCAAAGUCUUGGCUGCCGCGGCCCAAGGGCAAUAGGACCAGGAAACAAGGAUCAUCUAUGAUGAAGAAAAGGACAGAAAUGAAAGGCAGACAAUCUAAGGGAGCCAGAAAGGCAAGGAAAACCGGAUUACCUGAGGCGAAAAAGAAGACGAAGUCUCAACCUCCUCAGUUCAAGGGGAAAAAACCCAGAAAGUCUUUGGAAGCUCAGUUCAAGUCGAACAAGACAAGAAAGCCUAAGAAGAAGAAAAUGACAGGGAUCGUCCGACCUUCUGAAAUCAAGGAAACUAGUGCCAGAGUAUCUGGUGAUACACUCAUUCCUGUGAAACCAACAAAGAAAAUUAAAACAGGAAUUGAGAUGCCAUUGAAAAAGAAAGAAGGAAAAUCUACACUACCUAAGGCAGACGCUAAAAAGGCAAGCAGACCUGGACCAUCUAUAGCGAAGGGAAAGACAGGAAAACCCCAACCUCGUAAAUUCAAGGGAAGAAAACCAAAGUCUUGGCUGCCGCGGCCCAAGGGCAAUGGGACCAGGAAACAAGGAUCAUCUACGAUGAAGAAAAGGACAGAAAUGAAAGGCAGACAAUCUAAGGGAGCCAGAAAGGCAAGGAAAACUGGAUCAUCUGAGGGGAAGAAGAAAACAAAGUCUCAGCCUCCUCAGUUCAAGGGGAAAAAACCCAGAAAGUCUUUGGAAGCUCAGUUCAAGUCGAACAAGACAAGGAAGCCUAAGAAGAAGAAAAUGACAGGGAUCGUCCGACCUUCUGAAAUCAAGGAAACUAGUGCCAGAGUAUCUGGUGAUACACUCAUUCCUGUGAAACCAACAAAGAAAAUUAAAACAGGAAUUGAGAUGCCAUUGAAAAAGAAAGAAGGAAAAUCUACUCUACCUAAGGCAGACGCUAAAAAGGCAAGCAGACCUGGACCGUCUAUAGCGAAGGGAAAGACAGGGAAACCCCAACCUCGUAAGUUCAAGGAAAGAAAACCAAAGUCUUGGCUGCCGCGUCCCAAGGGCAAUGGGACCAGGAAACAAGGAUCAUCUACAAUGAAGAAAAGGACGGAAAUGAAAGGCAGACAAUCUAAGGGAGCCAGGAAGGCAAGGAAAACUGGAUCAUCUGAGGGGAAGAAGAAAACAAAGUCUCAGCCUCCUAAGUUCAAGGGGAAAAAAAACAGAAAGUCUUUGGAAGCUCAGUCGAACAAGACAAGAAAGCCCGGAUCAUCUAAGAAGAGGAAAAUAGCACAAGGAAAGUAAGCAUUAAUAUUUCCUGUGGAACCACUCGAGAAAAAUGAAACAAGGAUUUAAAUAGCACUGGAACAGAAGGAACGGAAAUCUGCAUUACCUAAGAUGGAAAUCCGAAAGACAGAGAAACACAAGAAAGCUUUAGUUAACUAUGCUCAGAGCAGAGAAGACAAUAGUACUUAAUUCAUCAAAGAUAAAGGGGACAGAAAAACCUGCUCAAAUCAAGAUUAAAACUGAGAUGAGAUCUAAGAAAUGUUAUAGACCAUUCCUCAGAAAGCGGUUAAGUUACAUCUACACAAAUUACAAAUUUCAUGUUAUUAGGUCCAAAUUAAAAGCUAUAUUCUUUAGACUAAGUUCAUAGGUACAUAUUGAAAGGUUAGAUUUCACUGUAUGGUUUCAGUUUACUUUUCACAGUUUGGAUAACUCUUUAAUCUUUGGGAUUGCAUUAUGUGGAAUAUUUUUUUUUUUUCUAAUGGAAUGUAUUUAUAUUAUGGGAACACAUCUUAUUUCUAAACAUUUGCAUUA